AUGGCGGCGCCCAGGCGCUCCCGGGCUCUCCGGGAGCGUCCGCCCGCCGCGGCCGCCAGGCCCAGCCCCAGCCCCAGGCCCCGCCGGGCGGGCAAGCCCGAGAUCGAUCGCCAUUCCGAGCUGGAGCUGGAGCUGGAGCUGGAGGGCGGCUCGUGGCUCAGCGUGGAGAGCGACGAGGAGCAGGGCGGCAGCGCGCCCUGGCCCUCGCAGCCCGGGGAGCGCUCGGCGGCGGCCGCGCUGCUGGAGCGGUGCGUGGCGGCGGGCGCCGUGAGCCAGGCGACCUUGGAUUUAACUUGCAGAAGAACGCCAUGCUUUGCGAAAUUCUCAGAGAUGGAAGAAAUGAUAAACAUGGAAGCUGAAAUCAAUGAGAUAAAACUGAAAACUGAAAUGAUGCAGUUGGAGAAUGAGACAGCAGACAUUACUCAUAAUUUUUACUUAGGGAAAAAGUGUGAGAUUUUGCAAGAUAUGAACAGGCACCUGGAAGCCGUACUGAAAGAGAAGAGGGAUCUCAGCAAGAGGUUGAUCAAGCACAGAUGUCAAGAAAGCCUGCCUAUUGAGGCUACUUUUCACAAGUGUAUAGUAGAGUUGUUGACUGAGGCUGUGACUUUCAUUGAGAAGCUUGAAAGCCAUGUGCAGUCUGUGAGAAGCAUCCCUCAGGUACCGCAGAUGAUGAGCAAUAUGGACACCGUUUUGUCAAAAACAGAGGUGCUCAUGAUAGAAUUGGAGGAGCUGACAGAGCAAAUACUGAAAUGGGAAGAACUGCAAAAGGAAAUGUAUUCUAACAAUGUAUGCAAUACUGCUGACUUGGACUUUGGCUUAUCUUUAACCUAACAAAUCAUUUUCCUUAAACAGGAUGACUACUCAAAGAACUACAUUCUUAGGGUCUUCUGUGAAAACUGCAACAGAGGUGUCUUUUAAUCCAGCAGAGACUUCGUGGGUAGUUAUAUUUCUGUUAUUAAGUAACAGUUCUCCAACUAUUUAUUAAAAAAAAGGACGAUCAGUAGUUCAGGAAGACAGGGUACUGAGAAGCCUGUUAAGGAGUUCCUUUUUGAAAUAGUUGGAUAGGAGUCCCUUGGAGCCUGUAUCUUCAACGGAAAAUUGUUUUGAUAUUUUUUUUGCACUUGCUAUAGUAUCUUUAUUCAAUUUUGCAAGCAUCUUGAUAAAACCCUGUAUUUUGUAUGUCGCUGUAAAACUUUAAUAAAAGCACUAGAUUUCAAAA